AUGGUAUCAACUGUGAUAGCGUGGUCUAAUUCAAAUGUGCGACAAGCUUGUGUUGGGGCUAUUAUUUGUGGUCUAUGUAUAUUAUUUCUGAUUGGUAGCGUUUCAAUCACUAGAUCACUGAUAUUAACAGCAGCUGCAUGGCUUUCUGUAUUUUCCUUCUUCUCACUGAUAUCGACGGUUAUUUCUUUGUCAGUAACACAGAAGCCAUCAGUUAAUUAUACGUAUGGCUUUGCUCGAGCACCUGUUCUUGCUGUCUUUGCUACAACCGUACUUGCAACAUUGGCUGCAAUUUUUUUAAUUAAAGAAAGUAUGGAGCAUAUUCUAGAGAAUGAUCAUCAUCUUCAUCCAAAUGGUUUGUAUAUUUUUGGUGCCAUUGCAGCAUCCAUUUCAUUAGAAAUCGCUGCUUAUGGUGUCAAAAAUCAACCAAUACAACAUGUACUUACUGCAUCCAGUAGUUCUUCGUUACAAGAACAUUUUGCUGAUAUUUCCCAUGCAAUUUGUUACAUUUUGCCCGGUCUUAGCGUACUUCUGUUGCCCAGACUGAAUGCAUUAUCACUUUUGGCUCUUUUAACAACUGUAGCAUGUGUAAUAACACAUUGGUUUGUGUCAAACUUAUGGUGGAUUGAUGCAGUUGCUACGUUAAUACUUUCAGUUUGUAUUUUUCUGACUAUGUGGCCACUGUCAAAAUAUACAGGUCGAAUCUUACUACAAACCACUCCACCGCAUAUUCAUAAUCAAUUAGACAGAUGCAUAUCAGAAGCAUCGACAAUAGAUGGUGUUCUAGAAUUACGAUUAGCUCAUUUUUGGCAGUUAGAUUUCACAACAAUGGCUGGUACAGUGGAUGUUCGUGUGCGCAGGGAUGCUGAUGAACAGUUGGUGCUAGCGUUGGUGACCGAAAAACUUUCUGCUGUGAUCUCUAUAUUAACAGUGCAGAUUGUUAAAGAUGUAGUAACAAAUUGGCAAGCAACAUGUAAGACACACUCAGCAUCAUACGACUUGCAUCGGCCUCCACAGUUUCAUUCUUCAAGUUCAUUAAAUCAAUUCGACGAUUCACAUCCCCACUCUCAUUCCCAUUCUCAUGAACAUGAAUAUGGUAAUCAUAACUAA